AUGCCAGCAGCAAUACGAAACACCGUAGACCGGCUGGACAAGCCAAGUGCUUACUACCAGAGCAGGACCAAGAAGCGCAAGUACGACAGAGACAAUGAGGAGCGCGAAAGAACGCCAGAGGAGCCAGCUGAAGACCCCCUGAAAGAUGCUGCAACUCUUUAUGUGGGAAAUUUGUCCUUCUACACAACAGAAGAACAGAUUCACGAAUUGUUUGCUAAGUGUGGAGAAAUUAAGAGGUUGAUUAUGGGCCUGGACAGAUUUAACAAGACGCCCUGUGGCUUCUGUUUCGUCGAGUACUAUACGCAUCAGGAUGCAUUGGAUUGCAUGAAAUACAUUGGGGGAACGAAGCUUGAUGAGCGAAUCAUUCGGACGGAUUUGGAUCCCGGCUUUCAGGAGGGGAGGCAAUAUGGAAGGGGAAAGUCUGGCGGCCAGGUGCGUGAUGAGUACCGGGAGGAGUAUGAUGAGGGUAGAGGUGGCCUUGGUCGAGCGAUUCAAGCAGAGAGACUGAAGGAAGAAGAAGAGUAUGGGAAAGGUAGAUAA